UGAGCGUAUUAUUCGGGUUGUUCGCUAUACGUACAUUGAAAUAUUGAAGUGUUAAAACAAACCACAGUGUAAAAAAGCCGUUCACACCAAAUUAAAGUGGAUCAUGGGAUGCGCCGAGAGCACGGAGAGAGAAGGAAGUGCCCAAAACAAUAGGCCUAAAUACCGCACAUGCACAGACACUUUUUGGCUAGCCAUUUACAUAUUAUUCUGGUUAUUUUUGAUUGUGAUAGCCAUAUUCUCAUUUGUCUAUGGAAAUCCAUUGCGCAUUAUAAACGGCUAUGAUUCGUUUGGCAAUACUUGCGGUGUGAAACAUAAUGAGCGUUUUCAGGGAUUUCCAUUGUCUGGAAUGAAUACGAUUGACAAGCCGGAACUGUUGUACUUCGACGUUAGGGAGUUGAAGAAGUCCUUAAAAGUCUGUGUCAAGUCAUGUCCAGACAAAACAUUGACUAACGCCAACGAGCUUCUGAGCUACUACAUACAGAGUGGAAGUCAUCUAUGCAAGUAUGAUUACUCUAUGGAGCAGCUUAGAAAGCCUUCCAUAGCCAAUGAUGGGAAGAUAUUUAAUUCUUUGGGACCUUGUCCAAACUUUCCCAUCUAUGAGAGUUCUUCUGUGCUUAAUCGAUGUGUACCAAAAGGUACAGGAUCUCAGGUUAAGGACCUUUAUAAUAUGCUCAAUAAUUGGGAUGUCGCCCAGCAGUUUCUCGGCGAUAUAUACUCUACCUGGCAUAUAAUUGCAAUGGUCUGCGGACUUGCUUUGCUGAUAUCUAUUGCGCUUGUGACUAUGAUGCAUUGGCUUUCCCGCAUUGUCUCUUGGCUGAUUUGUGUGUUGGUGAUUGUUGUUAGCAUUGCAUUGACGGCCACGUUGUGGUAUGCCUAUUACAAGUCUGGAGAGAGUACACAAAAUUCGCUCCUAGAAGAAGUUGUCCGUAAUAAGCAGGCAGUUUUAACUUUAGCAGUUUUGGCUACCAUCACAAUGAUUAUCCUUGUCAUCAUAAUUUAUUUGAUUAAAAGCAAACUAUCCGGCAUGACGGCUCUGUUUGAGGAAGCUGGCGAGUGCAUGAUGAAUUUGCCAGGCUUGUUGAUUGCUCCGCUUCUGGCUUUCAUAGUCCUUGUAGUCUUUUUGAGUUUUUGGGUUGUGGUUGUGAUAUGUCUGGCUACCGCCAGCUUCCCAGGGCAAAGUCCGAUUGCUAUAUUUCACAAUACAGCUUCUUUACAGGAACCACCCCAGCUUAAGCAAAAUGACACUCAUAACGUCAGUGAUCGCGUUGAAUAUGCCGAUGUUGGAGCUCUACGUAGCAUGUUUUGGAUCUACGUAGUUGGGUUAAUUUGGACGGUGGAAUUUAUAUUUGCCUGUCAGCAAUUUGCUUUGGCUGCUGCAGUGGCCUUUUGGUACUUUGGCAAACCGACUACCACACCCACAGUGUAUGCCAUUGGCAAGUUGAUCAAAUAUCAUCUAGGGACAGUGGCAAAGGGUUCGUUUGUUAUAACGCUAUUUAAGAUUCCUCGAUUGAUUUUGACUUAUUUGUAUGCCAAGUUGAAAAAGGGCGAAGACAAGGGCUCAGAGUGCGCGACUUGUUGUCUUAAGUGCUGUAUUUGUGGUUUCUGGUUGCUGGAAAAAUUUAUUCGCUUUCUCAAUCAUAAUGCAUACACCGUGGUUGCUAUUGAGUCCAUUAACUUCUGUCCAGCCGCUGGAAUUGCUUGGAACGCUAUGGCGACGAAUGCACUGCAGGUCGCCGCUAUCAAUAGCAUUGGAGACUUUAUUCUCUUUUUAGGUAAAGUUAUAGUUGCUUCUCUAUGUGGCCUAACAGGAAUUAUUAUGCUCAAGGAUAAGCCUGGAUUAAAUUUUUACAUGGCUCCGGUGAUACUUAUUAUCAUAUUUUCCUUCUUCAUUGCCCAUAUAAUACUAUCUCUUUUUGAGAUGGUUGUGGAUACCCUCUUUCUGUGCGUUUGCGAGGAUAAAACAAUAAAUGGCCGCACUGGACGUUGGGCGCAGAGCAAAUUGGCUCAUCUUGUAGGAGAGGAACAGCUUCAGCCAGGUGAAGAGCCACCUAUCCAAGUGGUGGAGAUGAUGCCUAUCAACAAUCAGCCGUUUAGUAUUACACGUCUGCCUCCCACUGAUGUAGAGGUAGCUCCCAUGUCUGUAGGCUAAGCGAUCACUUAUCCAAAUACGAUAUUUUGGAUUAUUCCAGCCAGUAACCAACGCACAAAUGCAUCUGAUUUAGCAAUCAGAUAAGAUUACUCAAUUCUGUUUUAAGGGGAUAUUUGUAUGUACAUACAUAUGUAUACGAAAAUAUGACGUUUAAAUUUUCGAACUUUUUUUUAGUAAUUUGCUGGUUAGAUUUACAAAAAGGUUGAAGUAUUGCCCCAGACGAUGGCCCAAUGGAAAAUGGGCAUACAUACUUGUUGUUUAACAAAACAAAAAAUAGUUUUUAGUCCACAACAUUCGCCUUUUUGUUCAAAAUCAAUGUUUUCAAAAAGUAAUUUUACAAAGAGUAGGUUCUAGUUUGUUCUUUCAAAUGAUUUGCAGAAGUUUAUAAAGUUUGACACAUUUUUUUAAGACAUGUCCUCUCAAUAAACGAAUCUCGAAUAAUAAAA